AUGGCGGCGGCCUUGGCGGUCGGCACGGCGGGGUUGGCUUCCGCGUGCGUCCGCGGGGUCCUGGGGGCCGCGGGACCGGCCGCCGCCUGCCUUUGGCCUGCUUCUAGGCGAUACAGUGCACAGAGCGCGCCGCCUGCACACAGCUACGUUCCAAAGACAUCUCUGAGUUCCCCUCCAUGGCCAAAAGUGGUGCUGCCAGACCCAGCAGAGGAGACAAAACGCCACAGAGAGCUCGUGGGAAGGGUCAAUGAGCUGAUUGCCCAGGGCCAGUACGGCCGGCUCUUUGCCGUUGUGCACUUCGCUGGCCACCAGUGGAAGGUCACCUCGGAGGACCUGAUCCUGAUCGACAACGCCCUGGACGCUGCGUGUGGGGACAGGAUCCGCCUGGAGAAGGUUCUGCUGGUCGGGUCGGACGACUUCACGCUGCUUGGCAAGCCACUCCUUGGAAGGGACCUUGUUCGCGUGGAAGCCACGGUCAUCGAGAAGACAGAGUCGUGGCCAAAGAUCAACAUGAAAUUCAGGAGAAGGAAAAACUUCAAGAAGAAAAAAAUUAUUGUGACCCCACAGACUGUGCUCCGGAUCAACAGCAUCGAGGUGGCCCCGCGUCUGCACUGAGCACCGAGCCACCCGGGCCAAAGCCUGGGAAUAAACGCAUUUCCC